UUUCAAGCCUCCAACCAACAUUAUUUUAUUCAUUCUGCACGAAGAAUAGCUAUGUUUCAGUGACGUAGCUCGCCACCUAGCUAACAUUAGCUCAUGAAGGAACCUCCGAUAUGGCCUAUGAUCAUCCGAUAGACAGACGAUGAUGCUAACACGUUGUGUCUUCUUAUCAAGGUUGCUGGUUCGAGAUGGUCUGUUUCUAAUGUCACUCGAUUCUGGAGGAAGUGAACUAAAUAUGUCAGGCCAGCUGCAAUGACGACAAUAUGAACUUGAAAAAAUCCAGAAAUGUCGGCGCGUCCUCCUCUUUGAAUGGAAUAGAUAAACAAGAUGCAGAGUCGAAGAGGAAGAAGAAGGUGGCAGAGAUCACACAGGCGCUGAGCGUGACGCCGGUGGACGUGGCGGCACUCCGGCGGAUGGCCAUUAGUGAGGGGGGGCUGCUCACGGACGAGAUCCGCUGCAAAGUGUGGCCCUGGCUCCUCAACGUGCAUCUGGAUAACAUGCCAGAGCAACUCGGGGAAGUGGACAGAGAGAAUAACAAGGACUACAACCAGGUGCUGCUGGAUGUCCAGCGAUCCCUUCGCAGAUUUCCCCCUGGUAUGCCUGAUGAGCAGAGGGAGGGGCUUCAGGAGGAAUUGACUGACAUCAUCCUGCGCGUGCUGCUGAAGAACCCCCAGCUGCACUACUACCAAGGUUACCAUGACAUUGUCGUCACCUUCCUGUUGGUCCUGGGAGAGCGGCUGGCCACUGCCCUGGUGGAGAAACUCUCCACACACCAUCUCAGGGAUUUUAUGGACCCCACUAUGGACAACACUAAACACAUACUGAACUACUUGAUGCCAAUAAUAGACAGAGUCAAUCCUGAGGUGCAUGACUUCAUGGAACAGGCGGAGGUGGGCACCAUAUUUGCCCUGAGCUGGCUCAUCACUUGGUUUGGUCACGUCUUGUCUGACUUCCGCCAUGUUGUGCGGUUGUACGACUUCUUCUUGGCCUGCCAUCCUUUAAUGCCAAUAUAUUUUGCUGCUGUGAUUGUGCUGUAUCGUGAAGAGGAGGUUCUGGACUGUGAGUGCGACAUGGCCUCCGUGCACCACCUGCUGUCCCAGAUCCCUCAGGACCUGCCCUAUGAGACCCUCAUCAGCCGCGCCGGAGACCUCUUCGUCCAGUUCCCACCGUCCGAGCUCGCCCGCGAGGCCAUUCAGCAACGCAGCCAAGAGACCGCGUCCUCCACCUUUAAGGACUUUGAGCUGGCGUCCACUCAGCAGCGCCCAGACUCCGUGCUGAGACGUAGGCGACGGGAGCAGCAGAGUCCCCCCGCCGCGGAGGCCAAGAAGGGCACGCUGGUGGCCGUGCCGUCCUCAGCCAGGCGCUUCGUCCGGCUCGCGGUCAUGGGCCUCACUGUGGCGCUUGGAGCUGCCGCCUUGGCUGUGGUGAACUCUGCUUUGGAGUGGGCCCCCAAGCUAGACUUGCACUUCUUUCCCUGAAGAAGGCAAAAAGAACUGACAGAAGAGAAACGAUGAGUGGAUGGAGUGAUUGUUUGAAGGAUGGGUGGGUGGAUGAUUGGAAGAAGAAGGAAUGAAAGGAGGGAGCAGUUCAUAGAAGUUCCACAGCACCAUCUUUGCCUGCCCUCAUGUUAUAAAAGACCAUAAUGGAUUCAGCUGAAGAAUAUGGAGGACAAAACAUUCACCAAAUUUCGUCUUUAUUUAUAUUUGUAAAUAUAUACAGUCUGCAACUAAAGCAAUGAUUAAUAUCAUGCUUACAGAGAUUAAAUAAGUGUGUUUUUUUUGUUUUGUUUUGCUAUCACUUAUGAAGUCAUUUCAAACCUUGGUAAUUUCUACAGCUCAGACUUUAAUCAAAAAAGUUGUAAUUUGAGUGUUAGGGUCUUGUGCAGCGGAAAGGGUCAGAAAAUGUCUGCCAUAUAGUUAAAUGAUUGGGACUACUCCUGUUCUAUUAACUCUCACCAGUUCUUUAUUCAGAUAAGCCCACAUCAUCAAAAAUAUGUUCACUAUCCCCAUUUCAUCUUAUAACUAACACCAUACUGAGACCAAAACCUUUUUUUUGUUUAAAUGCCAUCCUUUUUAUGUAACUCUUACUUUUAUAUAUUUUUUGUAAGAAAUAAUUCAGAUUCAUAAUUGUACAGGCGAACCCCUGUAAUUGAUAAAUAGAUGUGUGUAGGAAUGAAGGUUAAUGCUGAUUUAGCCUUGUUUUUGUUCUAUUAGAGAAAAAAAAACAUUUAGUACCAUAGGAUGAGUCAAGUUUAGAACAGUUUGAGGUCAAAUACAGGGUAGAGUUUGACUAAAUGCUUUUUUUGGUGCAACAUUUUCUGUCUCAGACAUCGGUAACAAACCAUGGGCCUGUGUUGCACAAAAAUAAAGGUCCUGCUAGAACACAGUUUAACACUUUCAGGUCCUAUGUUUCAUAAAUACACUCACAAAAGUGACUUGGAAUAGGUCUUCAAACAACUUAGUUACUAGAAUCUUAGACUUUUUGACUCUUUUGUUGGUUUAUUUGCACUAAAACACGCCUCAUGCUUUGCUCAUUGCACUAUGUGGCUUGUAGAGGAGUGAUGCCUCUCAUAUUAACCACUGUCAUAGUUUAAUCCUUAAUAUAUGGACAAUAAAGUUGAUACAAAAAGAAAAUAAGAAAGGUAUAUAUAUUUGGAUGUCUAUAAUGUUAUUUCUGUAAAUGUGUGUUGGGUUUAUUGUAGGUAGUAACUUUUCUGAUGCUGCGCUGUUUAUAAUGUCUGAAAUCUCAUAAUAUAUUACACAAAGGGCUGAAAUGGAAGAUAAAGAGUUUAUAGCUUUGAUCAGUUAAGUUUCUCGAUAUAGUGAUCCCUCAGUAAUCCAUAACCAUUUCAGUAUUUUAAACCAAUAUUGACAGGACAUCAGAAUAUAUAUAUAUAUUUGCUCUUUAAUGUGUAAACAAUUUUCCCAAAAAAUAUUGUAUGAGAUGAAAUCAUACAAUGGACAAACAGCAUAUAUUAGGUCAUCUUUAGUAUUUGGCUGUAUGUUUUUUGUUGUUGCAUGAAAUAAAUGCUGUAUUCACUUAAACAAACAAGGUAAUAGAAUGAUUAUAAGAGGCCAAACAAAAUCCUAAUUUUACUGCCAUUUUGAGGUCUGUGGCCCAUGGUAUGGAAAUAAAUACCUAGAAAACCUUACAUGAUCAGGGACUGUUUUCUUGCCUUUGAAUAUACUUUGUUCUUACCAAUAUACUUGGAAUUCAUUUAUCUAAGAUGCAGUACCUUAAACAGACAUUUCAUGCAACUUGAUUGGGUCUGGAUGUUUGUGAUAUGUAAUUGCCGCACACUGAAACAUUAAACAAUACUUGUACAAUUUGGAGGUGAUUUCCAUCACUGUAUUGGGGUACACUUGGAAGCAUCUUCUAUUGUCUCUAUGCACAGUUAUUUUUUUCCAUUUCAGUUUCAUAUCCAGGUUCACUGCUUGAGAGCCUGCUGGUUUACUUGAGACAUUUUAAAAAGGAACCUUAGGACAUAGGAGUUGAUCUCAUUUUACACUGCUAGGAUUAAAGUGAUAAAGCAA